CUGCAAUAGGAUGGUGUCAUAUUUUUCAAUUGUUUAAGAACAAAAGAUCAUAGUCCUCCAAAAUAUAGGGGGCGACCAUAUCCUCACCCCUAGGUGUCUCAACUGUUCAGAAUUGCACCAUACAGUCGAAACAUUUUCCUGCUUAUUUAGUAUUCAAUUAUUUUAGAUACUAGAAAGGCAUUUUUGAAGCGCAGCUACUAGGUACUGUGGUUCUGAUGGGGGAGGGACUCAAAUAUACAAAUCCUUUGUUUCCAAUAAACAGUGCCUUGUUAUGUUUUGUUUGCAAAAAGGUGCCCCCUCUAUUUUUUUCCUUCCUACUGCACUGAGGUGUGCCUUGGAUAGAGAAUUUGGGGCUUUGUACCCUUUCAAAUAGUAUUAGAGCUGCAGCAUUUUGGUGAAAUAACCCCCUAUUUUGCUGCAAAAUUUCCAUGAAAAAUUCAGAUGGCAUGAUCUCCUUUUUGGUUCUGGCUGAAGCAACUGGCUAAUAAAGCAAUAAUAUGGACUGGGUCAUAAACCUAGUCCUUGACUUUUCAUUCGGGGCAUUAGGAAAUAGGGGGUUUAGGUGGCAAAACCCACCACAUUUCCUUUAUUCGUUAUCCACCAAUGAACUUUUAACGGAUGCCCAGAUUAAAAAAAGGGUUUUGGCAAAACUUUUCACGAAUGCUGACGUAAUGCCUAUAUUUACACCUAGGAUAUAUAAAUUAGAGGCAAUAACUGAGUGCGAGGCCGAAUAGCUUUUAAUGGCCGCCGUAGUGUUUGGAGCUAAUUAGUUUCGUGAGUGUGCUAAUAUUGAUGGUUUUCUAAUAUGAAAGAUGUUUUGAUCUUUCAUGAAGAAUGAAUAGCGGUCUUGAAGGCGAUAUAUUCACGGAUGUGGAAACAAAAAUGCCACCAAACGAAGUUGAAAAUAUUGAGUUGUUACAUAUUCUAGUCUAGUUUCAAUAGGAGCAAUGUCAAGUCUUAUUAAUCGACAAAUGGAAGUCAAAUUCGAAGUUGAUUCGAGGUACUUGAUCGUCGAGACAAUUGGAAAUGGAGCAUACGGUGUCGUCUGCUCUGCAGUCGAUAAUAAGACAGGUUGUAAAGUAGCUAUCAAGAAAAUUUCACGAGUUUUUGAUGUCCCUGCUAUAGCAAAAAGAACUUUAAGAGAACUGAAGAUUCUAAAGCACUUUAAGCAUGACAAUGUUAUCGGAAUUAAAGAAAUCUUACGCCCACCAGAAGACUUAACAAAAUUCGAAGAUGUUUAUGUUGUUUUAGAUUUAAUGGAAAGUGAUUUACAUCAUAUCAUUCAUUCUAAUCAAUCUUUGACUGGCGAACAUGUAAAAUACUUUUUAUACCAACUUCUUAGAGGACUAAAAUACAUUCAUUCUGCAAAUAUUAUACACAGAGACUUAAAACCAAGCAACCUGCUAGUAAACCAUGACUGCGAGCUCAAAGUUGGGGAUUUCGGUAUGGCCAGGAGUUUAUUUUCAUCACCAAGUGAACAAAGGCGAGUCAUGACUGAGUAUGUUGCUACAAGGUGGUACAGAGCCCCAGAACUUAUGCUUUCUGUACAUCAAUUCUCUUAUGGUAUUGACAUUUGGUCUGUUGGUUGCAUAUUUGCAGAAAUGCUUGGCAGAAAACCAAUUUUUCCAGGUGCAAAUUACUUGAACCAGCUACAGCUUAUUUUGAGUGUGGUAGGCCUCCCAUCGCCAGAUUUUUUAUCUGAAAUAGCAUCAGAGCGAGUCAGAAAUUAUAUAAGCAAACUGCCACAGAAAGAUCCAGUUCCACUAAGCAAACUAUACCCAGAUGCACCCGAAGAUGCUGUUGACCUACUUACAAAGAUGCUCAAGCUUGAUCCAAAGGAGAGAUGCAGUGCCAAAGAGGCUUUAGAGCAUCCAUACUUGAAAAGGUACCAUGACGUAGAUGACGAACCAUCAUGCCGACCACUGUGUUGUGAGUUUGAAAAUACAGAAUUAGAUAAAGACGUGUUGAAGGAUGAAAUUGUAAAAGAAAUACGCAGUUAUCAUUCAAAGAACCCUAGGCCAAAACUAACUCCUCUCUCAACAAAGUUUUUCACCAAACCGGUCACAAUGGAAAAUGAUGUUGUUACCCGGACCGAAUAUAAAGAAAUCACAUGUCCAACAGUUGCCCAGUCUGUAAUAUCAACUGCCGCUGAUUCCUGCAAGUUUGACUCGAGAAAACGCAAGCAAAAGCGCAUUAGGCGAGAUUCCAAGGCCAAAAAGCUGAAGGAAGAUUGUGAGCCAAAAGGAGAGCCUAGUUCUAGUCUCUCGGACCAAGAUAGAAAGAUGCUGGAGCGAUGGACAAACAUGCAAAAGUCAACAGUACCAUUUAUUCAUCCGAUUCGCAAACAUAUGAAAGAUUUAAUUGAAUUGCAAAGCCAGGAUGUUGCAAUGUUUCCUUGCGAAGAUUCUCAGAUAGAGGCUGGUAAGACAGUGGCUGGAAACCCAAAACCUCAGUUCCAGUUCACGAAUUUGGUACCAGCUCAAAAGGGAGGGACAGUGACGCUCGUGAAAGACAAUGCUGACAAAGGCUUGACAAAAACGCAACUCCCAAAUGAUCGCAAGCAAGCUAAUAUCGCUGUCAAGACUUUUGUUUCACAAGUUUCUACGACAGCCUCUCAGAACGCCAUCAAACUCGCAACAACAACAACAGCAACAGUUGCUGGUCAACAUCCAACGCAAGAGACAGUUCUCAUACCAAUGGGCGCGAUUCCUUGUUAUCAAAUCAAAGGACCAUUAAAACCAAAUUCAAAGGGACAAAUAUUUCUUCUGCCUCGAAUUCAAAAUCCGGUUUCUGUCAAUCAAACCCAGCAGAGCCUCAUUAUGGCCCCAGCUGUUAAUGUAGGUGCGCCCAUUGCCGUUGGAGCAAAUCCGCUGUUGGUAGCGAAUCAAGCAACGCCACAGAAGAUUGUAAGCAUUGCGGCAAAACCCACUGCGCAGGUGAUGUCGUCUCAGAAUAGCAUUUCACAACAUUCGAGAAUAAAACCGCUUGCCCCAAAAACAAUUUCAUCCUCAGUCACCUAUCUUACCCCUUCAUUCAGUAUUAUGUCUCAGCCUCCAAGGCAGGUAUUUCCAGUGCAAACGAUAUCGUCGAUUGCUUGUGGAACCAGCAUUAGCCAAAACAGCAACAGUAGGAGCCCUUCAACUGUUUUUACCUCUACCUACAACAGUGUAUCUGUUCAACCCGUCGCACCAGAUCACAGUGUGAAAGUUUCGACUGAAAACAAGGAAGUAGAACGGCCACCGUCCGCCAUUUGCGUCGUGACACCGGACGGAAAAGUGAAAGCUGUCACACCGGACACCUUACAGUCGUUCGAAGAAAACUUGAGUAGCCCUUCUAGUUUCUUAAAAAGUGAUAAUGCUUUGAAUUCUGUAAAGGAAAAAACCGAUGAAGUCAUAAUUGUUGAAAAUAGUAAAUCAAAUACUAGUGGAAAAGAAACGCAAAUAGGACGGAAACCGUUACGAAAAGCUAACUCUGAAGAGGUAGCUGAGAGAUUAAGCGCUGAACUUCGAAAGCUUGAUCCUCAAGAGCGAAGUAUAGUCGAACUUGUUCGUCAGUUGGAAGCUGAGAACGAAAGUCGUAGUAUAUGUGCCUCUGUCGAAACGUCGUUUGCGAGUACUGGCGAAACCAACACUUGUAAGCCUGGUUUUCUGCCUAUAACUUCAUCAAGUCCAACGAAUGUCUCGUAUCAACAUGCUUCACCGGAUCUUGAGAUUCCAUCAAUCUCGUUUUCAAUGAUCACAGAUAACGAUUACAAUGGAAAUGAGGGUACCAAUGAUGAAAAGACAGACAAAGCCUCGACUAGAGAUGUGUUAUUAACUACACUGCUUACUCCGAGGACUCCCAAAAGUGGUGCUUAUGGCUAUGGCUUAGGAUUGGACCUUGAGGAGUUAUUUCUUCAAACUAAUCCACAAGAAUUUUGGUCUGAAGGCCGCGACAACUCGUCAAACGAGAGGUUAGCAACCAUCGAGAGUGCUCCACUAUCAUCCUCGCUUCUGAAUGAUUGGCUUGGAAUAAAAAAUCUGAACACUGAAGCAAUGGAAGAGCUCCAGAGGGAACUGGAAACUAAUACGUCAUUAUUGCUCUUUGACACGUGAGGCAUUUAUUGGGUCAAGCAAUUUAGGAUGUACAUUUGCAAAGGAUGAUAGUUUGACCAAACGCAAUCUGUAAGAUAAUAAAAUCUGAUUUCUUUGGAGAACAAUGUUUUGUAUUUGAAAUUUUAUGAUUUUGUAUUUUUCAUUUAAUGAGAACCACGACAGUGGUAUAUACAA